UCUCUCAAAAUGUCACAAUAUUCCUUCUUCUAUUUCUUCCUAAUCUCUCUUUUCCUCUACGAAAAUUGCAUUGCGUAUCGCUACACAUUCACGGUUAUUGAAGCUCCAUAUAGCAAACUGUGUAGCACGAAGAAGAUUUUGACCGUUAAUGGUCAGUUUCCUGGACCAGUGUUAAGGGCUUACAAAGGUGACACCAUUUACGUUAACGUUCGUAACCAAGCUAGUGAAAAUAUCACAUUGCAUUGGCAUGGUGUAGAGCAGCCGAGAAACCCGUGGUCAGAUGGACCCGAAUACAUCACACAAUGCCCGAUUCAACCCGGGUCAGAUUUUACGUACAAAAUUUUACUUUCCAUCGAAGACGCGACUGUUUGGUGGCAUGCGCAUAGCUCGUGGACACGUGCCACCGUACACGGUCUGAUUUUCGUGUAUCCUCGGCCUCCUGAUACCCUGCCUUUUCCAGAACCGGACUACGAAGUCCCCUUAGUUUUUGGAGAGUGGUGGAAGAGGGAUGUGAGAGAAGUAGUGGAGGAUUUCAUGAGGAACGGAGGUGAACCUAAUGUGUCCGAUGCUUUGACUAUCAAUGGGCAUCCUGGUUUCUUGUAUCCUUGCUCUCAAUCAGAUACAUUCAAGCUCGUGGUAGAGAAGGGCAAAACCUACCGCAUUCGGAUGGUAAACGCCGCGAUGAACCUAAUUCUCUUCUUCGCCAUCGCGAACCACAAACUCACCGUGGUCGCCGCCGAUGGCCACUACACCAAACCUCUAACCGCUAGUUAUAUCACCAUAUCUCCUGGCCAAACGCUAGACCUGUUACUAUACGCCGACCAAAGUCCAGAGAGCACUUAUAACAUGGCGGCCAGAGCUUACCAUAGCAACCCCAACGUUGGGUUCAACAACUCUACCACCGUCGGGAUCUUACGUUACUACUCUUCAAACGACGCCGGAACGUCUUCAUCAGAACGUUACCCGUACCUUCCUGGCUACAAUGACACCUCAGCAGCUUUCGAUUUCUUCACAAAAAUCAAAGGCUUAUACUCCAGAGUAGCUCCCGCCAAAGUUUCACGUAGGAUAAUCACGACGGUUUCGAUAAAUCUCCUCAAGUGUCCCAACGACUCGUGUGCAGGCCCAAACGGGUCGAGGUUAGCGGCGAGUAUGAACAACAUAUCGUUCGUCACACCGAGCCACGUGGACAUACUAAGAGCUUAUUACCUUCACAUUAACGGCGUUUACGGAACGCGGUUUCCGGAGUUCCCACCGCGGAUAUUCAAUUUCACAGCGGACGACCAACCGCUGUUUUUGCAGACUCCGAGGCUGGCGACGGAGGUAAAGAAGUUUCAGUACGGGGAGACGGUUGAGAUUGUUAUACAAGGGACGAGUUUGGUAGGUGGUGGAAUCGAUCAUCCUAUGCAUCUCCAUGGUUUUAGCUUCUACGUGGUUGGUUUAGGGUUUGGGAAUUUUAACGCACGUAAAGAUCCCUCCAACUAUAAUCUAGACGAUCCUCCUUACAGAAACACGGCGACUGUGCCCAGGAACGGUUGGAUCGCUAUCAGAUUCGUAGCUGACAAUCCAGGGGUUUGGUUCAUGCACUGUCACUUUGAUAGACAUCAAACGUGGGGUAUGAAUGUUGUCUUCAUUGUUAAGAAUGGAAUAAAACCAAAUCAGAAGAUUCUACCUCCACCGCCUGGCUUACCACCUUGUGACCAAUUUGAGAAUCUAUAA